AUGCUCCUCCCCCUCCUCCUCGCCGGCCUCGCCGCCGCCCUCCAGCCCAUCGUCAUAGAAGGCACCGACUUCAUCAACUCCGCCACGGGCGCCCGCGUCCAAAUCGUCGGCGUGGCCUACCAACCCGGCGGCUCCUCCGGCUACUCCCCCUCCACCGGCGUCGACCCCCUCUCCGACGGCCCAACCUGUCUGCGCGACGCAGCACUCAUGCAACGUCUCGGCAUCAACGCCAUCCGCGUCUAUAACGUCAACCCGGAUCUCAACCACAAUCUGUGCGCUAGCAUCUUCAAUACCGCCGGCAUUUACAUGCUAUUGGAUGUGAAUUCUCCGAUGCAGGGCGAUCAUAUUAAUAGAGAGGCGCCGUGGACCACGUAUACGGCGGCGUAUCUUGAGAGGGUGUUUAGGGUUGUGGAGGCGUUCAAGGAGUUCCCUAAUACGAUGGCGUUUUUUGCGGGGAAUGAGGUUAUUGAUGAUUUUGAGAGUAGUGUUAAUGCGCCUUAUAUGAGGGCCGUAACUCGCGAUUUAAAACUGUACAUCGCAGCCAACUCCCCCCGCUACAUCCCAGUCGGCUACUCCGCUGCCGACGUCCGCGACAUCCUCGAAGACUCCUGGAAUUACCUCCAAUGCACCACCACUGGCGACGCAGGUGACGCCUCCCGCGUCGACCUCUUCGCCCUAAACUCCUACUCUUGGUGUGGCAACGCCACCUACCGCUCAUCAGGCUACGACAUACUCACAUCCACCUUCGCAUCCUCCUCCGUCCCCGUCUUCCUCUCCGAAUACGGCUGCAACGAAGUCGACGGCCCGCGUCCUUGGACCGAAAUCGCCGCUUUAUACGGCGAGGAAAUGCGCGAAACCAUGUCCGGCGGCGUCGUCUACGAAUGGACGCAAGAGGAAAAUAACUACGGUCUCGUAGAACUAUCUGACAACGGCGACAUCCAACUCAUGGAAAACUACAACAACCUCCAAACCCAACUCGGUCUCUUAGACUUCACCGUCCUCGAAGGCCAACCCGGCCGCAACCGUCCCGUCACCCCACCAACCUGCGAAGCAAGCCUCAUCCAAAACACCACCUUCCCCACAAACUUCACCCUCCCCGCCACCCCCGCCGAAGCCGUCACGCUCAUCGAAAACAGCCUCGACGGCGCGAAUCAGGGUCGGCUGGUCACGCUUACGAGUCUGAGAGUUGAGCAGGGCGUACAGGAUGCGGGGGGUGCGGAUAUUGUGAAUUUGGCGGUCGAACCGGUGGAGGAUGGCGAGGUUAAUAGUCCUACGCGGACGGGGAAUGGGGGGCCUAGUACUAGUGGUACGGGCACGGCGACGGGGUCGGGGGCGAGUGGUAGUGCGAGUGAGACUGGGGCGGCGAGUUUGGUGGGUGUUAAGGCCGGGGGUGUGGUUGUGGGGAUUUUGGGGUUGUUGAUGAAUUUGUAG